AUGUCUUCGUUGUCGAGCAGGACGUCCGCGCUAAGGGCUGAUCUCCAGGCGCUGCUCUCCGCUUUACAGGUGCUGGGCUGGAGGCUCCGUAGGCGACGAGCAGUCAUCGUCGGCCUUGCUGCUGCCGUCUCCCUCCUGCUCAUUAGACGGGCUAAGCGUAAGAGAGACUAUUUCAUACGCGACCUGGGACUUGUAGGGAAAGGUCUGCCGCGCCAGGCCGGCGAGGGAACCUCAAUUGUCAACAACGCACCAGAGUACGAUGUCAUUAUCGUUGGAGGAGGUACUGCGGGCUGCGUCCUGGCCUCCCGUCUUUCAGAGGAUCCUACCGUCCGCGUUCUACUGCUUGAGGCAGGAGGAAGCGGAGUGAAUCUCCCUUUCACUCGGAUACCCGCUGCAUACAGCAGGUUGUUCCACACUAAGCACGAUUACGGCUUACAUACCGUACCACAAUCCGAAGCCGGAGGCAGAUCGCGGUAUUGGCCUAGAGGCAAGAUGCUGGGUGGAUGUUCAUCCAUCAAUGCCAUGAUGUUCCAAUGCGGUGCGCCUUCGGAUUACGAUGAAUGGGCCCGGCUCGGCGGCGAAGAGGCAUCAUCCUGGUCCUACAAAAAUCUCCAAAAAUACUUCUUAAAGUUCGAGAAAUUCAGCCCCAGCAAGUCUUUCGCAUCUGUCGACAGCUCUCUGCGGGGCGCGGCAGGCCCGAUACAGACCGGCUACUUCGGAAAUUUCUCCCGCUUUUCAUCCUCCUUCGUCGAAGCAUGCAAAGAAGUUGGAAUACCAUACCGCCCGGACAUUAAUACUGCCAGCGGGACUCUAGGCACUUCCAAGUCCUCGCAGACUCCUGCGUUCAAUGUAUAUCUUACAGUGACGUACAUCGAUUCUACCGGCAGCCGUGUAUCGACCGAGUCGGCAUAUCUCACAGAGCAUGUGUUGAGACGGCCGAAUCUCAAGGUGGCCAUUCAUGCGACAACCACUAAGGUGUUGCUUGAGAGUGUAAAUGGGGACACGCGAGCCGUAGGUGUCGAAUUCGCUCAGAGCGAGCAUGGUACUCGGUUUGUCGCUCGAGCUCGUAAAGAAGUUGUGCUGUCGGCUGGUGCUGUGCAUACACCUCAGAUCCUCAUGUUAUCCGGGAUUGGCCCCGCAGAGCAGCUGGCCCAGCACUUGAUCCCGGUCCUGGUAGAUCUGCCCGGUGUAGGGCAAAACUUGAUUGAUCACCCGGUAGUGGACGUAAACUUCCACGCGAAGCGAGGGGAGUCUAUCAAUUACGUUGGCAAGCCUCAAGGUGUAUACGAGAUUGUCAAGACUCUGGGCGCGACGCUGCAGUAUCUUGUGACGCGCAAAGGGCCUCUCACCACCAAUGUGGGAGAGUCAGCUGCUUUCGUGCGGUCCUCGGAUGCGGCACUCUUUCCGCCUGUGGAAUACGGACAACCUCCCGAAGAUGCCACCUCUGGUCCUGACGCUCCUGAUAUCGAACUAUUCGCUACGCCGGUUGCGUACAAAGAGCAUGGAUAUGCUCCGCUUCCUCAACCAAGCGGUGAAUUGGUGGCUCUCCACGCCGUUCUUCUAAGACCGACUAGUAAGGGGUCGAUCUCCCUGAGGUCUUCGAAUCCUUUUAAGCCGCCUGUCAUCGACCCCCGGUAUCUCGAUACACAACACGAUGUUGACGUGCUUGUGCGGGCCUUGCAGCUGCUGGGACGCCUUGUCCGGACAAACCCCCUCGCAUCCGUACUCAGGCAAUCGGGCACACAUCCAGAGCUGGACCACCGCCUGCAUGAGCUGAGCGCGGAACAACUUCAGAAGAUCGUUCGUGAUAGGGUUGAGACGCUGUAUCACCCAACCUCCACAGCGCGUAUGAUGCCGCGGGACCAGGGCGGGGUGGUGGACGCUUCGCUGAGGGUGCAUGGCGUACCGAACCUGAGGGUGGUGGAUGCUUCCAUAUUCCCGAAUAUCAUCGCUGGGCACACGGCGGCCCCGGUCAUCGCUGUUGCUGAGAAGGCGGCAGAUCUUAUCAGGACCGCACUAAAGGCCUAA